UUCGGCCCUUGGAAGGCAACCACGAGGCUGAUGUGGCCCCCGGUGAAAAUGAGUUUGACACCUCUCCUCUAGAAUCUCCUGGUUUUUUUAUAGGCUGGAAGUAGUUUAAGUCCUUAAAUGCUUUCCAGUUAUUUUUUUUUUCUUAUAGGAAGCAUCUGAUUGUUAAAAAAAAAAAAGAGAGAGAGAAAAAAGGAGGAUCUCGUUACUCUGUCAUUAGGUAAGACUGACAGUAAGCAGAAUGUUUUGUAAAACCUUGCAUCACCUUGUAUUAUUGAUGUUCAGAUACUAGAAUUUGACAGAUUAAUCAGAUACAACAAAGAAUUAAUGUUAAAAAAUACUAUGUGAGAUAAGGACUUUUUAAUCUCAGAUAUGAGGCCCAUAAUGAAUAGGUUCAAGUUAAUGCCUUCAGUUUUGCAUCUUUAAGGUAAACUACACAGAUAAUGAGGGUUGCACUGGUUAUUUAACAAGAGAUCUGAAGAAAACUGGUGGAUAUAAAUACCUUCUAGAAACGUAAGUUGCGAACAGACGCAGGAGGAGACAGUUACAUGGCCUUAAAAAUUAAUUUGUGAGGCACAAAAUGGACAUUUUCUCCUUUCUUCAGAUGUAUCAAAAGCUGCCACUACAGGAGCAUUCUUCAAAAUUGUAAACCAAAGUUGUCUAUUGCAUUUAGCUGUGAAGAUGCAAGGCACAAGCUCCAGAGGCAGAAUCUCUGCUGUCCUUGAUGCUGAGACUGAGCAAGAGGAAAGCUGGUAAUGUAGGGGAGGGAGCACAGGAUCACACAUGUAAGAUGCUAUUUAUAUUUGUAUUGUGGUAUAAAGGUCUUUUAUACAUAGGUCAUUUCUUGCAAAGUUUGACUGAUAUAUUAUGCUUAUCACCUAUUUCAUUUUGAUUAGAUUUAUUUAUUCCUAAUAAAAAAAAAACACAAAAAAAUUGUUGUAAUAUUGGUUUUUUUUGUGAAUUGUAUGCAGGCGAUCCUGUACAGGUGAUUCAAAUUUCUAUUUCUUCUUGUCUUAAAGAACCUACUGCACUCAAGACUACCAAAAGAACAGUCUAAUGGCUACUUUCCUUCAAGUAUAGUUGUGGUUAGGGCUUAGUUUGAGCAGUUUAUUUUUUAAUGUUAUAACCAUGGAGAAAAUAAAUAGAGGAAAUGUAAGUGUGUGAUAGAGAGCAGUAAAGUGCUUUUGAAAUAUUUGAGACAGAAUAAUUUUGUUCACGCAAGGAGCCUGAAAUUUGUCUCUCAAAACUCAGUGAAAGGAUUUUUUUUUCUAGUUCUAAUUGUUUGUCUCUUUUAAGGAGGAGGAGAUUAGUUAGGUAGUGUUUAAGUUAUGACUUUUUUAGAUCAAGAAAAAACAUUGAUUAAAAAGCACUGUGGGGACUGAAUUUAUACCAAAAAUGAAAGAAGAAAUACCUAUACCAAAUAAGUUGUUGGAUCAUUUUUACUUUUGCAUAACUUUUUCAAAAAAAACUCAAACCACAAAGUUUAGAAGAUGGAAAGUUAAAGUGGUUCGUGUCUUAAAUGGGUGUUGGUGUUCAGGUAUUUAGUUGGUCAUGGACUGGAGAGGGGUUUGUUGGUUACAAAGUUCUGUGUGGUAAUGCUAGAAUCUAAGGCUAAUAAUGAGGAAAAAUAUUUCUGCUGAAAGAGGAUUGUAACCAAAAAGGUAACCAAAGAUUUAAAAUUUAAAAUUUCAUCUUCACAUCUUGUACUCCGGUGCAAUAAUUGGUUAGAAUUAUCCAGGUUUAUGGUUUCUGCCUCAAAUAGUGACUGUGAUUAUUGCUGUCCCUUUCCAUUUGGUUAAAAAAAGAUUCUGACAGAAUUGUUCUUUUCUAUUCUGUAAGGGCUCUUUGAAGAAAUAAAAUGUUAAAAUGUUUAGUGAUUGGAAGCAUGAAAAGGAGUGAGUAAUAAGCCCUCUGCACAUCCCAAUGAAGAUUACUUUUCUGCCUGUACUUCGAUAAUUUGCACUAAAAUUCUUCAACAAGAGAAUUGUUCAGCAUGGACAAAAGUAAUGAGUAAACUACUUAGUGAUAUAAUGCUUUUUCUAGUGUAAUUAGUAAAUAUUGCUCUAUCAUAGCACUUGGAAGCUCAGUUGCCUUGAAGAGAAACAUUACUAGAGUAAAGAAAACAACUGUCCUUUUGGAUUCAAAGCUAGUUUAUUUUUCAUUAUGGACCUUAACAAGUACUCCUUUGUUCUUUUUGUUCCCAAUUUGUAACUUUAGUUAAUGGAGUCAUGUUGAGUGGUACAUGUUUGGGGGGUUUGCAGAAGUGCCUCAUGUGAUACCUUCUAUUCUCAGCAUAGGUUAAAAUUAGAACUAGACUGACAUUGCAUUGCAGUCUGAGUGAGAGUUCUACAUGGUUUUGACAGUACAGGCAAGAUUCAGAAUCUGUCUCUGCUCUUGGCCAGAAAGCAAUGAGUCACUGAAAAUCCUAGAAAACACCAGAUAAUUGAGCAGCCGUUCUGUUUCUCUAAGUGCAAAAGUCAUUUAGGAUGCGACUAGCAGGAUUUAACUGCAUUAAAUUGCAGGUGAAACAUGCACUGAUGCAUUGAGCUUGGAAUUUAGAGUCAGGUUCUUGUGACUGAACCUAAACAUGUGAGGAUCAUGACUGACACUGCAGUUUGUGUUGGAACGUUCACUGCUGUGAAGAACCUUUGGGAAGUGAGAAUACACAAGAUAAAUGAAGAACUGCAGAAAGAAAAGGAAUUCAGGCAGAGGUCUGCAGGAAGGCUACUGCUUGUCUGGGAGGAGAGAGCCGCUUUAGCAAAGUUGAAAGAAAAAGUUAUUAAUGAAGAUGGAAGAGCGAUUUUAAGGAUAGAGGAAGAAGAAUGGAAGACACUACCCUCAUGCUUAUUGAAACUCAUCCACCUCCAGGAAUGGCAGCUUCAUAGAACUAGUUUGCAGAAAAUUCCUCAGUUCAUUGGAAGAUUUCAAAAUCUUGUUGUUCUCGAUCUAUCCCGGAACUCAAUUGAAAGAGUACCUAAAGAAAUAGGCCAGCUGACCAGCCUCCAAGAGCUGCUUCUCAGUUACAACAGAAUAAAGUCUGUUCCUGAGGAAAUAAGGAACUGUGUCAGUCUGGAAAGACUGGAACUGGCUGUCAACAGGAAUAUCUCUGAUCUUCCUCCUCAGCUCAGUGAUUUAAAGAAGCUUUCACACAUAGAUUUGUGCAUGAAUCAGUUUACUACCAUCCCUUCGGCUCUUCUCAACAUGCCAAAUCUAGAAUGGUUAGAUAUGGGGGGAAAUAAACUCCAGGAGCUUCCUGAUGCAAUUGACAGAAUGGAAAAUCUCCACACUUUGUGGCUCCAAAGGAAUGAGAUAAAGUCUUUGCCAGAAACCAUUGGUAAUAUGAAAAAUCUUAGUACUCUUGUUCUUAGCAACAACAAACUUAAGGAUAUUCCAGCUUGUAUGAAGGACAUGACAAAUCUGAGAUUUGUCAACUUCAGAGACAAUCCGCUGGAGUUAGAGAUAACACUCCCUCCAUGUGAGAAUGAGGAAGAGGAGGAGCAACAGGAAAUGUUUGGCAUUGAAUUCAUGCACAUGUAUAUCCAGGAGUCCCUCAAGAAAACAGGAAAUCUGACAAGUUGUACCUCUUGUCCUUCUCCUAUCGUAGAUGCUAGCGAAUAAAGAACGCGACUGUGGAUGGAAGAAAAUAUGAAAUAUACUUCUUCCUAACAAAGAGGCAUGCAACAGGUUUCAAAUAUUCUUACAGAUUUUAUUUUUCCACUGAUGAGAACUUCUUUGCAUAUUUGUAAUUCCCAGUGAAAAUGGGAAAUAUAAGAUCUUUUCCUGGGUACAGGAAAGACUAAAACAGUUUUAUUUUGUAAGCAAUGAAUUCACUUUUAAAAAAAUCCAGAUAAGUUUUAUAGGUUUUUUUCCUGCCAAUUCCAAACCUAUCUCCUGUCAUGUAGUUGGCUCUGGUAUCAAAGAUGGCCUUGGGACAGCUGUCAACAGGACAUUCUCCAAGGACACAGCAGACUCUGUAUAAUACUGUAGUGCAGCCUUGUAUCCUCGUUGUUGUAAAUAUUCAAUCCGUCCAUGAUCAAUCAGCCGUUUACAGAGGCAACCUAUCUCCUUUCGUUCUUCAACCGUAAGUAUCCUAGUUUCAUAAAGAGGAAAAGAACGAACGUGUCAGAAGAACAGUUUUGUUUAAUUAACGUUAGCAGUUAAGCUUAGAAAAACUACUGAAAUCACUGUAAGUUCACUUCAGGCAAGCAUGACUGUCUAAACAUUUUGAAAUGUAUGAUGUCCAUGAAAAUUGUAUUUUUAAAGUAGAGUAUUUCUAAAAAUUUAGUAAUUAAAAUAUUCAGUCAGUCAUUUUGAGGACCCAAAACAACUUCAUAUACCACUAUACAUAAUUUUGCUUUUCUGUAGGAGUCCAUUUGCUGGGAAAAAAGUUACAUACCCCUGUAAAGUAUCAGAAACAUUCUCUGUAUUGCUCAAAGUUUGCUCAUGUUCUUCUGUGUCAUUAGUGGGAUCUUCAGUUUCUUCACUUGUAGAGGCUUUGGUUGUGGUUUCUCGCAUGCCACAAGUGGCCCAGCUACUCAUUCUCUGAAAAUAAUUAAAUUCUACUGGUCCAAGUCCUACUGAUUUAAAGAACUCUCUGCCUACAUAAUGUGUCCAGUCACACUUGUGAUGGCAGCACAGUGCAAUAACAAUUCCAGCUACAGGCGUACAGUUGUCUUUGUUGCUUUCAUUAUCAGCAGAAUUGUUAGAAGCCACCUCUGUCUUAUCAGUCCUACAGCGUUUUGGUGCAGGCUCUUCAUUUUCUCUAUCACAGCAAGCUGUAUAACUUUCAACCAAGCAUGUCAAAGCAAGAUCUGGGAAAAAAGAGAUAUACCCCCCCCCCAAAAAAAAAAUAGUGAUGAACACCGUGCAAUUAUUUAUGCAGGCUCUAUCAUGGUUGCGAAAUGUACUUCCCACAAAGAAGAAUAAAAGUGUACAUCACAAGCUAAGCCAAGAGCAAUUUUAAGGAUAACUAAAAAUUGCAAGCAUGCUUGGGCAACCUGAAAACCGUAAAUGCUAAAUGAAUAUUAUGAGACCUCUGGAGCUACUAAGGGCUGAUCCUCUUGAAUAUUUGUUCUACACAAAUGAAUUUGAAAUACCUUGGUUAGCAAAUGGGCAUAUUGAAGGAGGAGCUCCUCCCUGUAAAACAUGCAAGUAUUUGCUCCAAAAGUUUGAUAUCCAGGACACAAUCUAUUUAAUAUGUACAUGUACUUCUCAAAUCUGAACUGUGUCAUCUUUGUAACAGUACCUAUAUAGGUGUCAUAUCUGAAGUGUCUUUAUCUACUUAGUAGACAUAUAACAUUAAAAGUGUAUUAGUCAAAAAUUAUCAGGAUAAAAACACAUUCUUCUAACUUGUUUGCUUGGGGUACAAUAUUCAGACAACCAAUACAAAUUUAGAAAGAAACAUAUUUCAGAGUAGCGAUGAUGUUGCCAAAAAAAAAAAGAUACUUUCAACAGUUUACACAUACAUGACCCGUGUCGCCAUACACUAUUCUUUGCCCUACUCCACAGAAAACAAGAAAGGUUUUACUUUUGUCUGAAGUAACCCUGCAUCUAUUCUACUGAAGUCAACAGAUAUUUAGAAUAUCACUGCUACAUUCACCAACAAAGGGUGAGAGGACAAGAAAAGCCUAAAAGAGAUCCGUCCAUUUAGAUUGUAAGAUUUAGUAUCCUAACUUGCUGCAGUCAACACAUUCUUCUCUCAAGUAGUAAGUGAUAGGACAAGACAAAACAGCCUCAAGUUGCACCAGGGGAGGUUCAGAUUUGAUAUUAGGAAAAAAUUAUUCAUGGAAAGGCUUGUCAGGCAUUGGAACAGGCUGCGCAGGGAAGUGGUGGACUCACUAUCCGUUGAGGUGUUUAAAAGGCAUUUAGAUGAGGUUCUUAGGGACAUGGUUUAGUGCUAGGGCUAGGUUAUGGUUGAACUUGAUCUUGAGGGUCUCUUCCAACCAAAAUGAUUCUAUAUAUAAUUCAUACCUGUUGCAGCACCACACAAAUGCUUCCCAAUUCCUACUACUGGUAGUUUUUUCUUCUCCAAAAUAGGUACCUUAUCUGGAGGGAAGGGGGGGGGG